AUGGCAGACUAUGGCCCGCCCGAGUCUCGCUAUUAUGGCGCGAGGGCGCCGCCGCCCCAGCACGGAGGUCCAGCGGAUCAGAGAGAUGCCGCCUUCCACAACAUCUUCGGCGGCGCGCCUCCUCCGGGGCGAUCUCACACCAUGACGACGCAGUCGGUGAACCCCAUGUACGAUCGAAGCCAGAGCAUGACGCUGCAACAGCAACAUACCAUGUCCAUGAGGCAAGGCCCGCCGCCCUCGAUGCGUCAAAUACCUCAGUCGUACGACCGAUCAAACGGCACUGCGCCGGUUCAGCCUUAUAUGAAUGGCACAAACGGUGCUUCACGGCCUCCUCCACAUAAUCCAGCACCCACUUUUCCCGAUCGCAGACCAUAUCCUCCACCUCAACGGAUAGACACACGCCCGGGAAUUCCCCCUCCCAUGCAGAUGUCGCCGUACGAUCGAAAACCGAUCCCCAAUCGGAUGCCUCCACCUGCGCUGAACAAUGACGCCUACAGGUCGCGGUCGAUGGUACGACCAGGCGAGCCGACGUUGAGUUAUCGUCCGCCUCCCAGUAGCUUCCAACAGGGCACCGCCAGCGCUUUCAGGCAACAGCCCUAUGCUGGUUUGGGUGCGUCGAGGACAACAGCACAGGGGAGACACAUACCUGAUAGAGUCGACGGCGACAGAUCCAUGUCGAUGGGUUCUUAUGCUCUGGAUCGUGAUCAUACUCAGCAAUUAACAAGCGGAAGAGUGGUGCCUCAUCGACGGAAAGAAUCAGAAUCAGAUAAUCCGUUCGCAGAUAGCCAUGCCUCAAACGGCGGUUCUUUCAGUUCGUCGAAUUCGCCAGCAUACGGGGUAACGCCAAGGGCAGGGCGCCCUAGUGAGGGAAGCAAUCCGCCCAGGACCAUAUCUGCCGCUUCUGCCACCUCAGUCCCGUCUGACUUGACGCCGACGACAACUUUAAACGGCUCUCGCAGUAACAGCAUGAUGAGCAGUAGACCUCCUAACUCUUCUCAUUCCUCGGGUGGCCAGACAAUUGUCCAGCGGAAGUCGCCGCUGGUCUAUCCUGCCCUUCUGUCUCGUGUUGCCACCGCCUUUCAGGAAAGAAUUGGCGCCGGCGACAGAACCAAGAAUGACCUCACUUAUAAGAGUGCUUUCACAGGUGCCGAAGCUGUCGAUCUGAUCGCCUACAUCAUCAAGACCACUGACCGAAACCUGGCUCUGCUCCUAGGCCGCGCCCUGGACGCUCAAAAGUUCUUCCACGACGUCACAUAUGAGCAUCGUCUGAGGGACGCUCCGGGCGAAGUCUAUCGCUUCAGAGAGACGAUGGGUGAAGAAGCCUCGUCCAAAGACGUCAACGGAGUCUUCACCUUGCUUACAGAAUGUUAUUCUCCGACAUGCACACGAGACAACCUCUGCUAUUCAAUCGCGUGCCCACGACGCUUGGAACAGCAAGCUAGACUCAACCUACGACCCCAACCCGGCCUCAGGCAUUCCAACUCCAAGGGAAGUUUGCACGAAGACGAUCAGGAACAAAAACUGUGGAUCAAUAGUGUGCCGAAGGAGGUCGCGGACAAGAUCGAUGACAAGGAGAAGAAGCGACAGGAGGUCAUCUCAGAGAUCAUGUACACUGAGCGCGACUUUGUGAAGGACCUGGAAUAUCUCCGUGAUUUCUGGAUCAGACCACUCCGUGGAGCUGGCAAUGUCAACUCUCCCAUCAAAGAAGAGCGACGGGAAAAGUUUGUCCGCACUGUCUUUGGCAACUGCCUGGAGGUCCUGAGUGUCAAUGGCAAAUUUGCGGAGGAGUUGUCAAAGCGGCAGAAAGAACAGCACGUGGUCCACAGCAUUGGCGAUGUCUUCCUCAAGUGGGUCCCUCAGUUCGACCCAUUCAUCAAGUAUGGCGCAAACCAGAUGUACGGCAAAUACGAAUUCGAGAAAGAGAAAGGCUCCAACCCGGCGUUUUCCCGAUUCGUCGAUGAGACUGAACGCCUCAAAGAGUCAAGGAAAUUGGAGUUGAACGGAUACCUCACGAAGCCAACCACGCGGUUGGCGCGAUACCCUCUCCUGCUGGACAAUGUCCUAAAGUACACGAAAGAUGACAACCCAGACAAGAAGGACAUCCCUAAAGCUAUCGGUCUGAUCAAAGAUUUCCUGGCUCGAGUCAACGCAGAAAGCGGUAAGGCAGAGAAUCACUUCAACCUGGUCCAGUUGAAUCAACAGCUCAAAUGGAACGCUGGAGAAUACACGGAUCUCAAGCUGACGGAAGAAAAUCGUGUCAUCCUCACCAAGAUGAGCUUUAAAAAGUCGCCUACCGACAAUGCCGAGGUCCAGGUCUACCUGUUCGAUCAUGCUGUACUCAUGUGCAGAAUCAAGACCGUGAACAAACGGGAAGAGCUGCGAGUCUACAGAAAGCCAAUUCCACUGGAGCUUCUCGUUAUUGCUGAGAUGGAUCAAGUCAUUCCCCGUCUCGGCAUCGCAAAACGCUCUUCCUCUAGCUUGAUUCCUGGCACAAAGCCGUCUUCAUCGAGCACCCCUGGUCAGAAAGAGGUUUAUCCGAUCACUUUCCGACAUCUCGGUAAAGGUGCAUACGAACUUCAACUGUAUGCCACCUCGGUCACCCAACGCAAGAAGUUCAUUGAACUCGUCGAAGAACAACAGAGCAAGCUUCGCCAACGCAGCAGUUCCUUCUACAACAAGACUAUUUUGUGCGAAAGUUUCUUCAAUACUCAGAACCGCGUCAAUUGUCUGGUUCCUACUGACGGAGGCCGCAAACUCAUCUAUGGAACUGACAACGGCAUUUACAUUGCUGAUCGAUGGCCUAAGGACAAGUCGAUCAAGCCCAAGCGCAUUCUGGACGCCACGCAAGUGUCACAAAUUGACACGUUGGAAGAGUACCGACUGCUGCUGGUGCUAUCGAACAAGACUCUGACUUCGUACCCCUUCGAUGCCCUGGACCCGAACAACCAGAACCCACUGGCAACGAGACCUCGCAAGAUCCAGGGUCACGCCAAUUUCUUCAAAGCUGGAAUUGGUUUGGGGCGACACCUGGUCUGUUCCGUCAAGACGUCGGCAUUGUCCACGACCAUCAAGGUGUACGAGCCUAUGGACGACCUGAACAAGGGCAAGAAGAAGCCGGCAAUCAGUAAGAUGUUUGCCAGCGGUCAGGAUGCUCUCAAACCGUUCAAGGAAUUCUACAUCCCAGCCGAAUCCACAUCGGUUCACUAUCUCCGCUCAACACUCUGCGUCGGCUGCGCUCGAGGCUUCGAGGUCGUCUCAUUGGAAACCACAGAGCGACAAUCUCUUCUCGACCAAGCCGACACGUCCCUCGACUUUGUAACGCGCAAAGAAAACGUCAAACCCAUCCACAUCGAGCGGCUCAAUGGCGAGUUUCUCCUCAACUACUCUGACUUCAGCUUCUUCGUUAAUCGCAACGGAUGGCGCGCCAGACCGGACUGGAAGAUUACAUGGGAAGGGACACCGCAGGCUUUCGCGCUGAAUUACCCUUACAUCUUGGCGUUUGAGCCGAGUUUCAUUGAGAUUCGGCAUAUCGAGACGAGCGAAUUGAUCCACGUCAUGACGGGAAAGAACGUGCGGAUGCUGCAUUCGAGUACGAGAGAGAUUUUGUACGCUUACGAGGACGAAACGGGCGAGGAUGUGAUUGCUAGCCUCGACUUCUGGACCCAGGCUCAAGGUACUUAG